CUAAAACAUAAUUCUACAUAUUUAAUGGAGGAUCUUGAUGCUAGUUCAAAGACAUCUAGUUCUCGUCUAAAGCUAUUUGGAUUUAGCGUAGACGGACAAGAAGAUUUCUCUGACCAAUGGGUGAAAACUAACCAAUCAUCCUUAUCGCCAGAGCCUUGCGACUUUCCGGCAGGAUCUUCCGGAAGAAGUGGUGGUGGUGGUGUACGAAGCCAAGGCGGAGGAGGAGAACGUAAGUACGAGUGUCAAUACUGUUGCAGGGAGUUUGGUAACUCACAAGCGUUAGGCGGUCACCAAAACGCUCACAAGAAAGAGCGUCAGCAGCUCAAACGUGCUCAGCUUCAAGCCACACGAAACGCUGCUGCUAUUUUCUCUAACGCUGGAUCAGCGUCUCCGUUUAUACGGAAUCCAAUGGUCUCCGCCUUUGCUCCUACACCUCAUCUCCUAUCAUCCGCCGUAUCUCCGCCGGGGGGAGGAGGUUCUUGGAUGUAUCUUCCACGUCUACCAUCCUCUCAGCUCCAUGUGACGCAUGGCUGCGUGAUUCAGGAUGGUGCGGGUGGAGGAUCGUAUGAUUUUGGAUUUGGAUUUAAUGGACCUCCGGUGAGACAUGCUCAGGCCCACGGGCCGAGAGUAUCAGUGAAUAGGUUUGCAAGAGAAGUGGAACCCACUUUUGAUGAUGGCUUAGGGUUAGAUUUGCAUCUGAGUCUUGCGCCAGCUGGUCAUUAACGUUUAAUCAUGCCCCUGCAAGUAUAGCAGUGGUUAGCUCAUGUAUAUUUUCAACAGUUUAUUUGAUUUUAUUUAUUUUUAGUGAUCAUAAAUUCCAGAAGUUGUCUAUUU